GCCCUCGCACGUAAAGUUGAGCCCGCGGGACCCGGCGAGCCUGCUGCUGGCUUCUGAUUGGCUGGGGCGAGCGGUGGCCGGAGCCGACGGAGGUGGUGUGCUCGCACUCGGGGUGGCGGCUAGGAGCCGGCGGGACUGCAGGGGACGCCGUGUCUCUGAAGACUCUUGAAGAAAUCACGAUGUCGACCAACACGGACCUUUCCCUUUCUUCGUAUGAUGAAGGUCAGGGGUCUAAGUUUAUUCGGAAAGCUAAGGAGACACCAUUUGUCCCCAUUGGAAUGGCAGGGUUUGCAGCAAUUGUUGCCUACGGACUGUACAAACUGAAGAACAGGGGAAAUACAAAGAUGUCCAUCCACUUGAUCCACAUGCGUGUGGCCGCCCAGGGCUUUGUUGUUGGAGCUAUGACUCUUGGUAUGGGUUAUUCCAUGUAUAAGGAAUUCUGGGCCAAGCCUAAGCCGUAGAAGAUGAGCUGCCGCCUUGACUGGGAAGUGCUUGCUUUACUUAGACGUCUCAUAUUGAGGUUACAUGUUUGUGUCACAAUAAAUAAUGUGGGUUUAGACAAUGA